GAGGCGUCGCGGGGCGGCGGUCGGGAGAGGUGAGGCGCGCGCUCUCGUUCGCAGGACCGGGGCCGCCGGAGGGAAGCGCCCGGCCACCUGCCCGAUGUGGACAGCGACGUCCCCGCCUCCUGGCUGGGUUUCGGCUCUCAAGGCGCUGAGCGGGCAUGAAGGGGACACUGAGGCCCGUAGAGGGCACUGGGCGAGUUUCCCACCCGCCAACCCCGAGCACCUGGACCGACGGAGGAGCGCUGUGGACAGAGCGCCCGGGGACGCUCUCCAAGGAGGCUGCGAAAACGCACAACUCCAGCCGAGUCCGGAUGUGUUCCUGGUGGCCUUUGGCUGGAGGGCCUUGUCUGAAAUGGGGGAUCCAUGGAGAUGAGCUGAAACCCUCACUGCUGGGACUCUCGUAAUAACGGGUACAUCUGAGACCGCCUUGUGUCUAACUGGGGUGCCGUCCUGCCCAUGAUUUGGAGACCGCCCCUGUGCCACGAGGGAGACGGAGCAAGGCGUCCACGAGAACAGCACAAAGCCCUUCCCGUUUCUGUGACCUUUCUCUUGGUUAAGCAUUCACCUGUAAACUUUUGACCGUCUUCCAGAGUUCUGCAGAAGUUCCAAAAUUGCUUUGGCUGGUGGACUAGGCGCUGGCAUCGAUGCAUCGCUUCCCAAGGAGAGUCCUUCGAAGCAGGCUCUCCGUGGAGGCCCGGACCCCUCUACUCCCCAUGGGCAGCUGCCAGGCAGGGCACAACCUGCAUUUCUGUCUGACCCACCACCCCCCUCUGGUCUGUGCCGCUCUGAUCCUGCUGCUUCUGGGCCUUUCUGGCCUGGGCCUUGGUGGUUUCCUGCUCACCCCCAGGACGACCCUGCGUAGCCCUGACAUUCCCCAGGACUGGGUCACCUUCUUGAGAUCUUUCGGCCAGCUGACCCUGUGCCCUGUGACUGAGCCAGUCACAGGUCAGUGGCAUGGGUCUCACGUCGUGGGCUUGGUGACCACCUUGAAUUUCGGAGAUGGUCCAGACAGCAACAAGACCCAGACAUUCCAAGUCCAGGUCCAGGGUAGUCAGAUGGGAUUGAAAGGGUCUUCUGCAGAAAAGGUGGUCCUCGUUACAGCCCAGGUGACCGCAGAAAAGACCCCCAAAACCUGCCUGUAUUUCAGUGCCGAUGCAGACCUCCUGCCCUCCAGCCAGCCACCCAUCUCCUGCUCUGAGGAGGGAGCUGGAAAUGUCACCCUGAGCCGUAGGAUGGCCGAGGAGUGUGUCAGCGUCUGGAGCCAGGAAGGCCUUGUGCUCACCAAGCUGCUCACCUCGGAGGAGCUGGCUCUGUGUGGCUCCAGGCUGCUGGUUUUAGGCUUCUUCCUGCUUCUUAUUUGUGGCCUUCUCUGCUUUCUCUCUGCUGUUUGCUUCCAUCCACGCCGGGAGUCCCACUGGUCUAGAACCCGGCUUUGAGGGCACUGGCCUUCAUCCUCUCUUGUUCUCAGGUAUGAAUCAACUUCUUGGGCCUUAGUUCUGAGUUGGAAGAGAUGUGACAAAAAGUGGAGAGCUGGAAUGUGGGGUGCGGGGGGAAAUAAAAGGCUGUUUCGCCCAGU